CCUACUCUUCUCCGUCAAGCAAGCAGUCUAACAUCUAACAUCCUCAUCAUGCUCCGAAUCGCUCAGUUGCUAAUCCUUUGCACACUUUGGUCUCUCUCAAACGCCGGCUUCGUGCCUCCAGCUGAGCUAUGUCUCCCCUCAUCUCAUCUCAAAGAGCUCUCAGGCUGUAUCGCUAUGACGAAUAAAGAAGACGAAUGUGCAGCCAAAGAAACCGAGGACGAGAAACUAGACUGCUACUGCACCCAAGAAAUGCUUUCCUCAAUCUUCGCUUGCCAAGACGACGUCCGCCGCUGCCUCGAAUCCCAUAUGUUCGACUCCCAAUUCGAAUCUCGCGUCCGCCGCUGGCAUUCAACCUGCGACUCGCGCCUCCCAAGCAGCACAUCCCUCACUACCCCGCCCGUGACCUCGCUCACCGCCACCUACGACUUCGGUGCAUGCAACCGCCUCUACCAAAGCUGCGCGAGCGCCGACUACGAGACCAAUAAGUGCUCGCAGACGUGGAUUCCCACAUCCAGCCUCUCGUACGUGUCGUGCGCGUGCCAGCCGCCCGUCUAUUCGCUGUUCUCCGAGUGCCAGUACAAUGGCAAUAUCUCUUGUAAACGCACUACGGCCGCGGAGAGCAAUAUCAUGGGGUAUUCUAUUUGCUCGUACUUUUGGAGCGGCUCGGAAACGCUUUCUUCCGUCGAUCUAACUUCUAUGCUGAGCGAGGUGCGGCAUGCGGAUGCGACGGCGAGCGAGCUGACGGCGUAUACUCCGGCAACGCAUGUCGCGUCGGUCGCGGCGAUUAUUCGCAGCACGGUACCCUCGACCUACGCGCAGCCGAGCCAGACUCCAUAUGGGGGACAAGGAGCAUAUGAGAAUGCAGAGUUGAAAUAGGUGGGUACGUGUGGCUGUUCUGGGGUUUGCAGAGCAGACUAAGGCCGUUUGGGCUGAGAGGAGGAAACAGGGCUGUGCAAAAUGAAAUGGGUAUUACGUCGCUAGUGAUGAUGAGGUUGCAAAAGGAUGGCAAAUCGGUGGGAUGGAAGACGCAACGUGCCGCGAAUUCCAGGUCACUAUAAUAUGAGUUUGCUGAAAGUAAAGUGCGUUCGAUGGACCUGAUGAACGGAGCACUAGGUGACCCUAUGCGGCUCACCCUGGCCCCCAGUUGCUAUGAGACUAGGACGG